GCAGACACCAUGGCGAUCUCGGGUAUGCGAUGGGGCGAUGAGGAGGACGACCUGCUGCCGCAGCGCGUGGAGAGCGAGCCGGACUCGAAAGGCGUGCGCCAGAUUGUAGAGUGGAAGGUGAACGAGGCUGGCGACAAGGUCAAGGUCACCAAGAAGGUUAAGAAGGUGACGGAGGUGGAGCGCAUCAGCAAGCGCGCCCUCGAACGCAAGAAAUGGGCCAAGUUCGGCGACGCGCUGGACGACGGCGAUGGAAGCAACGUCACCUACAUGCCGCAUGAGGAGGUGACGCUCGAGGACCCCAACGCUGACCAGGUGCUGCCCGGUGAGAAGAAGGAGGAGGAGAACAUCUUCGCUGGUGUCAAGAACUCGUCCAUUGUGGUCUGUCGUCACUGUGGUAUGGUUGGAGAUCACUGGACGCUCAAGUGUCCUUACAAGGACACGCCCAAGGAGGAGCUGGAGCAGGACAUGGCCAAGCGCGCCGAGUCUGGCGAGGCGGCUGCCCCCGCUGCCGCGUCCGCCGAGCCUGCUGCUCGCGGCUCUGCUCUGGACGGUGCCUUUGGCUCCAGCAAGUACGUCCCUCCUAGUCUUCGUGGCCGUGCGAGCGCUGGUGGAGACGCUGGUGGCGACAACUCACGUGAUGACAGCGCUACGCUGCGUGUGACCAACGUGUCGCCCGACACACGCGAGGACGACCUUAAGGAGCUGUUCCGCGCUUUCGGUCCAGUGGCGCGUGUGUACCUGGCCAAGGACCGUGAGACGUUCCAGUCUCGUGGCUUUGCCUUCGUUAGCUUCAUGUACCGCGAGGACGCCGAGAAGGCUCUGAACAAGCUGCAGGGCUACGGCUACGAUCACCUUAUCCUCAAGCUGGAGUGGGCCAAGCCCUCCAACAAGCCCGCGAACGACGAUGCUGGCAGUAUGGGCACUACGUUCCGCUCCGGAUACGGUAAGGCUCUGCCGCAGAACGUGGCUCCGCCUCCGCGCAAGUAGGUAGCAUGGCGUUAAUAAAGGUUGUCGAGCUUCCUGAAUGCAUCUACCGGUAGUAAUAAGUUCAUGUUUUUAGCCUUGGUA